AUGGGUCUCUAUGGGUGGGUCUCGCUCUGUGUCUCUAACCCCUCCCCCCCCCCUCCCGCAGGCUCCGGGGGCUCCCCGGAAGGGGCGGGGCCAGAGGAGGGGGAGGGGCCCGUGACCCCGUUUGACCUCGGUCCCGAGCUGGCCGAGGGGCACUUUGACCCCCAGGGUCACUUCCUGUGGCACCCGGCCCCGCCCCCUGACCCCUGGCUCGAGGCCAUCGAGGGGCUCCCCAUCAAGCCCCGCCCCCCGCGCCGUGACGUCAUCGCGUCCCCCCCGCCUUCCCCUCCCCCCUCCGGGAGCUGCUGGCGGAGGCGCUGGAGCUGCUGCGGCCGGGGGAGACGGUGGGGGGCGCCCUACGGCGGCUGGGGGGCGGGGCCAAGGGGGGCGGAAGUGGAGCCGUGA